UGGGCCGGCGGCGGCGGCGGUACGAGGCGCGCGCUCGGGGUCCCGGUCGCGAGGAGGAGGAGGAUGUGGCGCGCGGAGGGGAAAUGGCUGCCGAAAACAAGCCGGAAGAGCGUUUCCCAAAGUGUAUUCUGCGGAACUAGCACCUACUGUGUUCUCAACACCGUGCCACCUAUAGAAGAUGAUCAUGGGAACAGCAAUAGUAGUCAUGUAAAAAUCUUUUUACCGAAAAAGCUGCUUGAAUGUCUGCCGAAGUGCUCAAGCUUACCUCGGGAGCGGCACCGCUGGAACACGAAUGAGGAAAUUGCAGCUUAUUUAAUAACAUUUGAGAAACAUGAAGAAUGGCUAACCACAUCCCCUAAGACAAGACCACAGAAUGGCUCCAUGAUACUCUACAACCGGAAGAAAGUGAAAUACAGGAAAGAUGGGUAUUGCUGGAAAAAGAGGAAAGAUGGGAAAACGACCCGAGAGGACCACAUGAAACUCAAAGUCCAGGGAGUCGAGUGCUUGUACGGCUGCUAUGUCCAUUCCUCCAUCAUCCCCACCUUCCACCGGAGGUGCUACUGGCUCCUUCAGAACCCCGACAUCGUCCUGGUGCACUACCUGAACGUGCCGGCCAUAGAGGACUGUGGCAAGCCAUGCGGGCCCAUCCUCUGCUCCAUCAACACCGACAAGAAGGAGUGGGCGAAAUGGACGAAGGAGGAGCUCAUCGGGCAGCUGAAACCCAUGUUCCAUGGCAUCAAGUGGACCUGCAGCAAUGGGAACAGCAGCUCAGGCUUCUCAGUAGAGCAGCUGGUGCAGCAAAUCCUUGACAGCCACCAGACCAAGCCUCAGCCUCGGACCCACAACUGCCUCUGCACCGGCAGCUUGGGAGCAGGCAGCAGUGUGCACCACAAAUGUAACAGUGCCAAACACCGAAUCAUCUCACCAAAGGUGGAGCCAAGGGCUGGGGGCUACGGGAGCCACUCGGAGGUGCAGCACAAUGACGUGUCGGAGGGCAAGCAUGAGCCCAGCCACGGCAAGAGCUCCGGCCGCGAGAAGAGGAACGGCAAGGUGGCCAAGCCCGCACUGCUGCACCAGAACAGCACGGAGGUGUCCUCCACCAACCAGGUGGAGGUCCCUGACACCACCCAGAGCUCCCCUGUAUCCAUCAGCAGUGGGCUCAACAGUGACCCGGAUAUGGUGGACAGCCCUGUAGUCACAGGUGUGUCCAGCAUGGCAGUGGCCUCCGUGAUGGGGGGCUUGUCCCAAAGUGCCACAGUAUUCAUGUCGGAGGUCACCAAUGAGGCUGUAUAUACCAUGUCCCCCACCGCCGGCCCCAACCACCACCUCCUGUCGCCUGAUGCCUCUCAGGGCCUCGUCCUGGCUGUAAGUUCCGAUGGCCACAAAUUUGCCUUCCCCACCACGGGCAGCUCGGACAGCCUGUCCAUGCUUCCCACCAAUGUGUCCGAAGAGCUGGUCCUCUCCACUACCCUCGAUGGUGGCCGGAAGAUUCCAGAGACCACCAUGAACUUUGACCCCGACUGUUUCCUCAAUAACCCAAAGCAGGGCCAGACAUACGGGGGUGGGGGUCUGAAAGCUGAAAUGGUAAGCACCAACAUCCGGCACUCUCCGCCUGCGGAGAGGAGUUUCGGCUUCACCAGCGUCCUCACCAAGGAGAUAAAGACCGAGGACACCUCCUUCGAGCAGCAGAUGGCCAAAGAGGCGGCGUACUCCUCCUCCACGGCAGCUGCAGCAUCCAGCUCCCUAACCUUAACAGCAGGCUCCAGCCUCCUGCCAUCUGGCGGUGGCCUGAGUCCCAGCACCACCCUGGAGCAGAUGGACUUCAGUGCCAUAGACUCCAACAAAGACUACACCUCCAGCUUCAGCCAGACGGGCCACAGCCCCCACAUCCACCAGACCCCCUCCCCAAGCUUCUUCCUGCAGGAUGCCAGCAAAGCCCUCCCCAUCGAGCAGAAUGCCCACAGCAGCCUGAGCGAGUCUGGGGCCACCUUUGUGAUGCCCACGGUGAAAACGGAGGCCUCCUCCCAGACCAGCUCUUGCAGUGGCCAUGUGGAGACGAGGAUAGAGUCCACUUCCUCCCUGCACCUCAUGCAGUUCCAGGCCAACUUCCAGGCCAUGACAGCAGAAGGGGAGGUCACCAUGGAGACUUCGCAGGCAGCAGAAGGGAGCGAGGUCCUCCUCAAGUCUGGGGAACUGCAGGCCUGUGGCUCAGAGCACUACCUGCAGCCUGAGACCAACGGGGUGAUCCGCAGUGCCGGCGGUGUCCCCCUCCUCCCGAGCAACGUGGUCCAGGGACUCUACCCGGUGGCCCAGCCCAACCUGAGUAACACCCCCAACAUGGAGCUCAGCCUGGACCACUUUGACAUCUCCUUCAGCAACCAGUUCUCCGACCUGAUCAAUGACUUCAUCUCCGUGGAGGGGGGCAGCGGCACCAUCUAUGGGCACCAGCUGGUGUCGGGGGACAGUGCAGCACUGUCACAGUCAGAAGAUGGGGUGCGAGCCCCCUUCACUCAGGCAGAGAUGUGCAUCCCCUGCUGCAGCCCCCAGCAAGGCAGCCUGCAGCUGAGCAGUGCUGAGGGCGGGGCUGGCACCAUGGCCUACAUGCAUGUGGCCGAGGUGGUCUCUGCUGCCUCAGCCCAGGGCACCCUGGGGAUGCUGCAGCAGAGUGGACGGGUGUUCAUGGUGACCGACUACUCCCCAGAGUGGUCUUACCCAGAGGGAGGAGUGAAGGUCCUCAUCACAGGCCCGUGGCAGGAAGCCAGCAAUAACUACAGCUGCUUGUUUGACCAGAUCUCCGUGCCUGCAUCCCUGAUUCAGCCCGGGGUGCUGCGCUGCUACUGCCCAGCCCAUGACACGGGUCUUGUGACCCUACAAGUUGCCUUCAACAACCAGAUCAUCUCUAACUCGGUGGUGUUUGAGUACAAAGCUCGGGCUCUGCCCACACUCCCUUCCUCCCAGCACGACUGGCUGUCAUUGGAUGAUAACCAGUUCAGGAUGUCCAUCCUGGAGCGGCUGGAGCAGAUGGAGAGGAGGAUGGCCGAGAUGACGGGCUCCCAGCAACACAAGCAAGCGAGCGGAGGAGGCAGCAGUGGAGGUGGCAGCGGGAGUGGGACCGGAGGGAGUCAGACCCAGUGUGCUUCUGGAACGGGGACCUUGGGGAGCUGCUUUGAGAGUCGUGUGGUUGUUGUCUGUGAGAAGAUGAUGAGCCGAGCCUGCUGGGCCAAGUCCAAGCAUUUGAUCCAUUCGAAGACCUUCCGUGGAAUGACCCUCUUACACCUGGCUGCUGCCCAGGGAUAUGCUACCCUGAUCCAGACCCUCAUCAAAUGGCGCACGAAGCAUGCAGAUAGCAUUGAUCUGGAACUGGAAGUUGACCCCCUAAAUGUGGACCACUUCUCCUGUACUCCUCUGAUGUGGGCUUGUGCCCUAGGGCACUUGGAAGCUGCUGUUGUGCUGUACAAGUGGGACCGCCGGGCCAUCUCCAUCCCGGACUCUCUAGGAAGGCUGCCACUGGGGAUUGCCAGGUCGAGGGGCCAUGUGAAAUUAGCGGAGUGUCUGGAGCACUUGCAGAGAGAUGAGCAGGCCCAGCUGGGACAAAACUCCAGGAUUCACUGUCCUCCAAGUGAGGAGCCAAGCACAGAGAGCUGGAUGGCCCAGUGGCACAGUGAAGCCAUGAGCUCUCCAGAAAUACCCAAGGGAGUCACUGUUAUUGCAAGCACCAAUCCAGAGUUGAGAAGACCUCGGUCUGAACCCUCUAAUUACUACAGCAGUGAGAGCCACAAAGAUUAUCCGGCUCCCAAAAAGCAUAAAUUGAACCCUGAGUACUUCCAGGCAAGGCAGGAGAAGCUGCUUUCCACUGCACUGAGUCUGGAACAGCCAAAUAUCAGGAAGCAGAGCCCUAGUUCUAAGCAGUCUGCCCCCGAGACAAUCAGCCCCAGUGAAGGAGUGAGGGACUGCAGCCGGGAAACCUCCCCUCCCACUCCAGAGACUGCAGCAUUCCAAGCCUCUGGAUCUCAGCCUGUAGUAAAGUGGAAUUCCAAAGAUCUUUACAUUGGUGUGUCUACAGUACAGGUGACUGGAAAUCCGAAGGGGACCAGUGUAGGAAAGGAGACGGCACCUUCACAGGUGCGUCCACGGGAACCAAUGAGUGUCCUGAUGAUGGCUAACAGAGAGGUGGUGAAUACAGAGAUGGGGGCCUACCGGGAUAGUGCAGAGAGUGAGGAGUGCUCCCAGCCCAUGGAUGACAUUCAGGUGAACAUGAUGACCUUGGCGGAACACAUUAUCGAGGCCACACCUGACCGGAUCAAACAGGAGAACUUUGUGCCCAUGGAGUCCUCAGCCUUGGAAAGGACAGAUCCUGCCACCAUUAGCAGUACCAUGAGCUGGCUCGCCAGUUACCUAGCUGAUGCCGAUCGUCUGCCCAGUGCUGCCCAGAUCAGAAGUGCAUAUAAUGAGCCUUUAACCCCUUCUUCUAAUACCAGCCUGAGCCCAGUAGGCUCCCCAGUCAGUGAAAUGGCUUUUGAGAAGCCCAACCUUCCCUCGGCGGCAGAUUGGUCAGAAUUUCUCAGUGCAUCUACCAGUGAAAAGGUAGAGAAUGAGUUUGCUCAACUCACUCUGUCUGAUCAUGAGCAGAGAGAACUCUAUGAGGCUGCCAGGCUUGUCCAGACAGCUUUCCGGAAAUACAAGGGCCGACCCUUGCGAGAACAGCAGGAAGUGGCUGCUGCUGUCAUUCAGCGUUGUUACAGGAAAUACAAACAGCUGACAUGGAUAGCCUUGAAGUAUGCACUUUAUAAAAAGAUGACACAGGCGGCCAUCCUCAUCCAGAGUAAAUUUCGAAGUUACUAUGAACAGAAGAGGUUCCAGCAGAGCCGGCGUGCCGCUGUGCUCAUCCAGAACUUCUACCGGAGUUACAAGAAAUGUGGCAAGAGACGGCCGGCUCGCCGGACCGCCGUCAUUGUGCAGCAGAAGCUCAGGUGGGCUGAUGGGCAAAACUCCGCUCCCAAGAGCUGCCCUGCACCCAUGCCAGCCUCUGUACGGGCAAAAGCCUCCACAGUCAUUUUCUCUGCAGCACAUUCAAGGAGCAGUUUGCUGACCAAAAAGCAGGACCAAGCUGCUCGAAAAAUAAUGAGGUUUCUCCGUCGCUGCCGUCACAGCCCCCUGGUGGACCAUAGGCUGUACAAAAGGAGUGAAAGAAUUGAAAAAGGCCAAGGAACUUGAAGACAUACAGCAGCAUCCCUUAGCAAUGUGACAUUGCUUCUCAGACUGUUUUCAUUUCUGUUUUUAGCAGAGACAUGCAACAACAAUACACGCGCACACACACAUACACACAAUCCCUCUGCAGUUUUGGGGAGUCAGCUGCAGGAUUUUAACAGGAAUGUUUUGGUCAUUGCAUUUGCACUUUCAUGGACAAUUUUUAAUUUGAUCAGCAAGACAUCUUGGAACUCAAUCUUCUGUUGGAUCAUAGGAAAAUAAGACACCAGGAGGAUUGAAAGGGGCUUCCUCGCCAUACGAAGAAGCCACUUUCCUUCUCAUAUAGGGCUGUACUCAAACAUCGUGUGGAACUGUACAAAUACUUAUACCAAAAAUAUAGAUAAGAGAAGGUGGGCUGCACUGCAACAGGAAGAAGCACUGUGCCUGCACCUGCCGGUCAUUUCCAAGAAGCUGAAUCUUUGGAUGGAUUCUCAGUGGAGGGCUUAGAUCAUACAAAUCUUUAUUGUGUCCGUGUGUUCUCAUUUCCUUCACUGUUUUCGUUGUUUUUUUUUUUUUUCUGUUUGUUUGUUGGUUUGUUUUAUUCUCUACAGCACACUUAAUGCAACUUUUAAAAUCUGCAGGUUUUUAAUGUCUUGUGGAAAUUUGCAGAGGGCGGGUAUGUGGUAAACGGGUAAUGCAUGGGAAAUAAUGAGAAACAGCUUACAGAACUUAAAUUUAUUUUCUUGUCCCCACCACCUCCCAAGAACCUGCGAGGAUAGUAAUCAUCUUAUCCCUUUUCUCAUGUUCAGCACUUUAAUUUUUUUGCCUUACUUUCAUGUGCAAUGAGAAUUACUUAAGAAUUGAUAACGCAUGAAGCCUUUUUUAGUAACCUUGGAAACUGUAGUAAUUCCAAGGUAUCAUAAACCUUGCCUGGACAUUUGCCACCUAAACAACCAGUGUGGUGCUGCGUUCUGGCCAGUAAAUUCCAUGGUUUUGGCUCUAUCUCACCCAAAUGGGAGUGGUUUCUGUGUAUAUAUAGAAGGUAGAAAUGAAAAAAAGUGAGAAAAUAUUUGAAAGGGAUUAUAUUAAUUGCUAAAUAUUUUAUUCACAAAGGUCAAUAACAUGGCAAGAUAAAAUUAUUUGUAUAGUUUUGUCUGAACAAGAAAAAUGUGGAUGUAUUGUUUGUAUAUAUUGUAUAUAUUAAAACAAAGAUAUGUGCAUGAAAUCAAGAAAAAAGAUGAACAAAAGCAAAGCAUUAGUGGCUAUGGUCUGUAAAAUGAAACAAAAAAAACUUUAUUUCACUAUAAGAGUACUUUAUUUUAAAUGUUCUUUAGAAGAACAUUUUGCUAAAGCAUGACUAAUCUGCAAAAAAAAAAAAAAAAAAGAGCUACUGUAUUUAAACUUAGGAAAAAAGGCAGAGUAACAUUACUUAAAAAAGGAUAUGUUUACAUUUAAUUUUUGGCUACCAGGAGUUUAGUUUCUUUUAUUUAUUUAUUUAUUUUUUUUUGCCAAUGGUGCCAAGUAAUGUGAAUGCUAAUAAUGCUUAAGAAAAUUAUGUUACUUUUGCAAAAUAAUCAUGAGAUGAAUCAUUAUAUAACUUAAUGCCAUUCACUCACUCCCAACAAAGAACAUUUAGAAUGAUCACCAUCUGACAAGAGAAAUAGUACAAAAAGUAGAAAAAGGACAUGUUUUCAUAUUUCCUGCAGAAAGUCAGAAAAAAAAAAUGUGCAUGUGCACACACACACAAACACACAUACACAAACUGAAAGUGAAAAAGAUGGAGAUUGGUCUUGAAAGCACGCCAUGGUAUAUUACUCUAUCCAUACAAUGAGGAGCCAAAGAAAUCUGAUGCUUUCAAAAAAUUAAAACUAUUAUUGUCAAAUGGCGAGAAUAAAGUUUGCAUUUGCUGGUGCCAGUUUAAAUAUUCCCAGGUUAUGUGUGAUAAUUGGUUGGUAUAAGAUGAGAUGUCUUUUACAUGGUUCUGGCUUGCCAACUGUGAGUUAAAACUCAAGGCUUGUUGUGAAGCCUAAAAAUAUUCACAAAGAAGCUUUAAACUGGUGUCUUUAGAAGGAAGAUAGAAACAAAAAGAUAGUGGUUAAAAAAAAAAAAAACUGGGGUCAGUGCUCUUGGUGCCUUUUCUAUAAUUGUACUUGUUUUUUAAUUAAUUCCUUUCACUGCCAACCUCAAAUUACUGUACAGUAUAUGUCUUUCUGCUUGUGAUCAGCUUUGGCAACAGUGACAGCCCCAUGAGUAGCCACCUGUACAUUUGUAAACUGACCUGACCCAAUUUUGUUUUGACAUGUGUGGGUUAUGUUGCAGUCACCCAAGUACCUGUUAUUUUACACAUGUAUAAGGACAUUAAUUUACAAAAAAAAAAAAACCACAAUUUUCAUUCAUAACAGGGAAUAGAAUGUGAAAGCCAGCUCUUUCGGAAUACCCUAUACUAAUAUUAGAUUUGGAUACACGUAUUCCAUUUCUUAUAGUACAAAUAACUGAUCAUUUGACCAGAGUAAUGACCUCAGUGGAUUUGCUUCAACCCUCACAUUUAUUUUUUUAAAUGUUUCACAUGUUACAUUAUUAGCUGAAUAAGUUAGAAAAUUCUGGAAGAUAGAGACUUAUAUAGAAUUAGAAGGUAUUAAGGAGGGGAUAGGAAGUAGGGUCAAAACCUACCAGUACAACUGUGAAUUCUAGGUGAGGUAAAAAUGCACUUCCACUGAAACAAAGCAUUUCUAACCGCUUUUUCUUGAUUGUGAAUCUUAAUUUUGAAUAUAAGAUGAUAGGUAAGCGCAGCUUUCUUGGAUAAUCUGAAUUCCCAAGUGCCAGGAGUAGGAUUUCAUUAUAAAAUUAAUAGCUAAUCUUAUUCUGUCUCCUGAAGAUUUAAUUGCUAUUCUUGUUACCCAUUUGAAAUCAGCUGUACUGUGUGAACGAAAUAAAGACAAUAAAGACGAA